GUGUAGAAUCUGAGAUGAUGAAGGAAAGAUUUUCGAAAUUGCUGCUCGGUGAGGACAUGUCUGGUUACGGCAAUGGUGUUUGCAAUGCUCUCGCUAUUUCCAAUGCUAUUACUAAUCUUUGUGCCACACUUUUUGGACAAAUUUGGAGAUUAGAGCCUCUACAGCUCGAAAAGAAAGUAAUGUGGCGAAGAGAAAUGGAAUGGCUUCUCUGUGUUAGUGAUCACAUUGUCGAAUUUAUACCCUCUUGCCAGACAUUCCCGGAUGGAACCAAACUUGAGGUGAUGACUUCGAGGCCCCGUUCAGAUCUGUACAUUAAUCUCCCCGCACUCCGUAAAUUAGACAAUAUGCUACUUGAAAUAUUGGACAGUUUUGAGAGUUGUGAGUUUUGGUAUGUUGACCAAGGAAUAGUAGCAUCGGAAGCUGGCGGAUCUUCCUCCUUCCGGAAACCUCUUCCGAGUCAAGAAGACAAAUGGUGGCUCCCAGUUCCUCGUCUUUCGCCAGGUGGCCUCAGCGAAGAAUCUAGGAAGAUGCUGCAACACAAACGUGAUUCCACUAACCAGAUCCUUAAAGCUGUAAUGGCUAUCAACAGCGCCACGUUAGCUGAAAUGGAUAUCCCCGAUUCAUACUUAGAAGCUCUCCCAAAGAAUGGAAAAACGAGCUUGGGGGAUCUUAUACAUCGAUACAUUAAUAACUCGGAACAAUUUUCUCCGGAAUGUUUGCUUGACUGCCUCGAUUUGUCGUCUGAUAAUCAUGCUCUAGAGAUUGCAAACAGAGUGGAGGCCUCCAUUUACAUAUGGAGACGAAAACUGAUCCCGAAACAAACAACAAAUAGGUCCAAUAAUUCAAAGUCAUCAUGGGAAAUGGUUAAGGAUUUUGUGAGUGAUUCAGACAAAAGGGUACAGCUGGCGGCGGACAGAGCUGAAACCCUUCUGCUUUGCUUGAAGCAACGGUUUCCUGGUCUUCCUCAGACCACCUUAGACACGAGCAAAAUCCAACAUAACAAGGAUGUGGGAAAAUCAAUAUUGGAGAGUUACUCGAGAGUACUUGAGAGCCUGGCGUUCAAUAUAGUGGCACGUAUAGACGACCUUCUCUAUGUGGAUGACUUAUCAAAACAUUCGGAUCAACUCGUGUCAAUUUCGAAGGUUGGAAUAAUUAAUGCACAAAAAAGCAUUGGAAUUGCACUGCCAAUCUCGACUACUACUCCAUACAAGACGGCCUUUUCGAGUCCAUACAAUAUUGAAAGAUCACCGUAUAUAGAGAGCAGCAAACAUUCCCUUCAUGGAUUUGGUCUGAACAGGAAUUUAGUGAGGAGUUCGGAUGAUUCAUUUUCAAGUACAGUUAAAGAAAUAUCGGGAUCUCCAUCGGUGGAAUCUUCCUGCGGUUUGGAAGAGGCUAUUGGCCCAUGAAUGCAUGAGUUAGUUGAGGAUGAGUGAACAGAAUGCAUUGGGAAUUUGUUUCUGUAUUUUUUUUCUUUUCCCAUGUAUAUGUUGAAAGAGUAUUUUUAAGGUGAUUUCAUGCAUAU